AGCAGCUAGGGUGGGUAGUGCCAACGACCAGAAUUGUUUCUGCAAUCAGCAGUUGCCAGCCAGGCGGCUGCCUCUCUGUGACCCUCCUCCUCCUCACGCUGACAGACCCUCCAAGCGACCUUCGAGACGGAUCGAACUAUUGUGACUUACUCAACAUCGCUCUAGCCAAACGUGUCACUAGCGGAGCGACAUAGUUCAGCGUAAGCGAGAGAUAAUGCCAGUGUGAACGUGAUUGACAAGUCACAUUACAUAGCAAUACGCAGCUAGUUACCCCCCUCACAGUUUUCAGUAGGAGAGAAAGUCUGUUGUAUGGUAGUACGCCAGAGAGUACUUGGCGGGGGCACCUGGCCCAUGCAUUCACCUUGAAAACGACCCACUUUAAGUGUUCCUGAAGAUCUUGUGCAAAUAUUGACAACGUGCAACAUUACCUUGCAAGACGAGAAAUAGCGAGGAAUAUCUACCUUAAGAGAAGCACCUGGCCACCACCUCAGGAGAUACAUCAAGGUGUGAGUGCCGGGAGGUGCUGCCAUCACCUGUGCUCCCAGGAACCUUCUCUUCUUCCCACCCAGCUGUGAGUUCUAGAAGCUUUUCCCGUCUCGACAUUCUACCCACUCGUCGACAUUUGCUCGAGAAAUUAAAAUAGGACAAGACUUCUUUUUCCUAUCUAGUGUAACAAAACUGUGACAUAAACAAGUGAAGAAUUCAUAGAAAACGGCAGACAAACAUUCUUCAUGGCGACUUCUGGAUUUUAUUUAGGUAAAGGGUACAUUAUGCAAGACAAUCUUGGCAGAUGAACGUAGUCAUGUAAAUAUAAUAUGCAGAUGAUAAAGACUGUCGUUUAUCGACCUUGCAACAGGGAAGGAUGUUCAGUCUCCUGUCAGAGGACGAACUCGCCCUCAGUCUGUCUCGUUAACCGGAAAUCUGACAACAAUCAUAGGAUAAAACGGCCAUCUUGAAAAUAAUAGGUGAAAAUUUUAAGGACUUAAGCUGUACUGAUUAACCUAAGCUCAGCAUGUGAUGGCCAUGAGCCUGUGCAAACUACCUGACCUCUCGGAGCCAGCCAGGUCACGCUCGUGAUUUUAUUCAGACCUGAAUCCUCUUCCUUUCCUCCCUCAAGUCCCCCUAUACUCAAAGCCUAUCAGAUCACGUAUUUUAUUCUGUGGUGACCUGAAUUCCCUUUCCCCUUCUUUCUCUCCCUCCCUCUUUUCCCUUUCCAACCUGAGCCAUGACUCAAUGAAAGAUCGUUCUGACUAUCGAGGUCAGCAUGAUGACCUAGUAGUGACCUCGUAAUCAUUGCUCUUCAGGUCACUCUUACCUGACGUCUGGGAGUCUAGCCUGCACCAUGAAGGUUGUUAUUAACUGGGUCAUCAUAUUAUCGCUGGCCAGGACAGUAGCCGUUCAGGAGCCUGCCAACGCCACCACAACCACCACGUCAACCACAACAACAAAGUCAACCUCAACUACAAUCACCACUGCUUUAAAGGCUCCAAAUACCACAGGUGUUGUGGCCAGGACCACAACGUCUACUGCGGGCUCGCAGCCGCCACUCACCACCACCACAGCAGGCGACCAGACAACUCAAGAAGACCUGCCAACCGCCCACUUCCGUCAGCGUCUAUACUUCUCCGCCAUCAGGAGUACCUCGCCUCCCCCUCCUUCUUUCUUCCUUGCCUCACCUUCCUCCAUAUCUCCCUCCUUCUCAUCAUCUUCCUUCUUCUCCUUUUACUCCUCCUCUUCCUCUUCCUCCUCUUCGCCUUCUUCUCUACGCCCUCCUGCGCCAAUCAGGAUCGAGCGCACCAUUCCCUCAACUGCGCCGCCUCCGCCGUACUUCGAUCCCUCGUCACCAACUAAUGUGUCAGCGCAGCUGGGGACGCAAGCCUUCCUGCCCUGUAGAAUCAGGAACCUGGGCAACCAGUCGAUAUCGUGGAUCAGAAGCCGGGAUUCACACAUCCUGACGGUGGAUCGGUACACGUUCAUCGCGGACCAGCGGUUUCAGUCGUGGCAUGAAGCCAACUCGGAGACGUGGACACUGCAGGUGAAGUACGUGCAGGAGAGAGAUGCCGGCCGGUACGAGUGUCAGGUGUCCACUGAGCCCAAAAUGAGUCACUUCGUCCACUUUCACGUCGUCACACCGCUGGUGAAGAUUCCUGGAGGACCCGACAUGUACGUGAAGAGUGGAAGUACAGUCACCAUUAAGUGUAUCAUAUCUGCAGCCCUUCACCAGCCAGAUUACAUAUUCUGGUACCAGGGCUCUGAGCGUGUGGUUGCUGACGAUGUCUCGGGCAGGGGACGGCAGGUGUUCCUGGACCGUGACGCUGACACUACCGUGGGUACGCUGCUCAUACCCACAGCCUUGCCCAGAGACCAGGGCACCUACAGCUGCGCCCCAUCCACACUCCCCAACGCUUCUGUCACUCUCCAUGUUCUUAAUGGAGAACAUCCAGCAGCGAUGCAUCAUGGGGGAGGGCCUAACACCCGGCCGGCCAUCUCCUUCACGCUGCUGCUAUCGUGUCUGUUGGCGUCCUGGCUGCUCUCUGCGUCAGCGCCUGCAGCAGCACCUCGCCACCAUCCUCUGCUCACCUCACGACCCAGGUGAUCCCAACAUCCAACGUCACUCUCAUGCAUUUACAUCGUAACCUCCUGAAGGGCGGCUCAAGCCAUAUGUACCGUUGCUGCCGUGAUAAUAGUGGUACUCUCGUCACGGCACCGUAAUAAUGGUGGCGCAUUCGUCACGGCACCAUUGCUGUUACUAGUGAUCACCGUGACAAAAAUGACCCGCCAACCUCCCCCACCUAAAAACCAUUUUCCCCCCCUCCCCCACAUUCACCAAGUUGACUGUUAUAUAUUUUUAUAGACUCUGGAAAAAAUAUAUGAGUGAUUCAAUAAAGCAGUGAAUAUAUUUAGAUAAAGCUCUUGUUACACUUGUGACUAUCUGAGAUUGUUGAGUGUACGUGGUAGUUAACGCUCCCUCCAGGGUGGUCAGCUACCCAUGGUGAACAGGGUCGUUUUACACCACGAGUGUUAUUAGUACAUACUG